CCGUGGUGGAGGCAGGUGGGGGCCACGCUCUCUCCUGCUGUGUCUGGCUGUCUCCUCGCAGUUACACGUCUACCCGCCCACCACUCGUGUCUCUUGUACUCUGCCAUAUCCGUGGAUUUACUCGCUCCUCCCUCUCCCCGCUUUUGAGUGCUUGCCCCCUUCGUGUGCGUUGGCGUGAUGGUCGUGACGGACGUGUGGAUAUUGUAGUGGAUUGUGCUUGUUCCUUGGCCAGUGUUCUUUUAGCGGUCUGGUGCUGCAAGUGUUGGGCGCCGUGUGAAGUGAGCAUCACCUCAUCAACAUAUCACCUUGUACCUGACACACUCGGCGGCUGUGCUUUAGUGUGCAGUAUUUCCCUAGAAGUGGAAUAGAAGUAGUGAGAAAUUAGAGAGUUUUAACCAUCGUUUCAUAUAUUAAAAGGGAAUUUUCUGUGAGUGAUCGCUAAUUUGGUGCUGUAGCGGGCACGCUUGCCGACAGUGCAUGUUGCAGUAUGUUGUGUACAUCAGAUAAGAGCGCCGGUCACAGCAGGGGCAAAAUUGCAUCUGACUCGCUGUUCUUCCGUCUUUCGGAGAAUGCUCUAUGAAUACCGCUGUCGCUUGUGGAGAGAUUUUUGCAAAGAUUUUAAUAAGCCUUACUUAUCGCUACACAUUUAAUUGGCUUUUGUAUGGCGGUUAGAUUAGCCACACAGAAAGGCUGCAGCUUCGGGAAAGAUCUGCUUUAGAUUGUAUGGCAUAGAAAAGGCACUAGAUAUGAGAAGUGGCAUAACUCAGGAAAUACAUCAGGUUUGAGGCAAAGUGAAGCGCAGAUUGAGCUCGUGGUUGUGAUGGUCGUGUUAUGCCAGGGAGGCGUGGCUGGUGAUCGGCCAUGAAACCUCUCAGCUUGGAAGGAUUGCGGCGCCUGGUCCGUGGAGGCCGGGACAAGCAGGGGCAGCAGCAGGCGGAUUCGCAGCACUUCCGUCGAUCCAACUCCUUCAAGCGAGCCUCCCUGCGCCGCUCCACGCGUCGCCAUGAGAAGAUCACGCUGCCCAACGGCCUUGUCGUCAAGACUUCGGCCGUGCAGCGCAAGUCGUCCGUUUCGAGUGACGAGCGCCGAGAUGACGGCUACUCGACUGACGGAGGGGAAGCCGGGGGCUACGGAACGUCCUCCACGGGACUCCCCCGGCGUGUCAUCACGUACGACGAGUGGAGAGUGGCGGUGAGUGACGAGGACUCGCUCAAGCGCACCGACGAGUCGCUGCCGUCAACUCUGUCCACCAACAAGCUCUCGUCGCUCGACUCCGGGGUCCGGCACUCCCUCGACUCUAAGAAAAAGGUCAGCAUCGACUCCACCAAGAGACUCAGCUUGGACCGCCGCAAGACCUUAGGCGUGGACAUCGGGCGGCAGCUGGGGUCGUCAGGGCCGCCGUCGUUAGGGCAGGAGGUGAGGCAGGGCAAUGACGCUCCAAGCUUUCGUCGCAGUGUGUCCGCAGAGUCGCCGGUGCCUCCGCUGCGGAUCAAGAGCCUGCUGGGGUCGCCGCGGGUGGCGCCCAAGACCCGCGAGCCCCCAACCACCCCCGCGCGAUCCCUGCACAAUACCCCCAGCAGGACACGGGCAUGUCAGCCGGUGUCAGCACCUCCCACUCCUGGCAAGACCCAUGUCCACCGACUGGCUGGGCCGUUGACGCCCACACAUCAGCUACGGGCGUCAUGGCACGAGAGAGAAACCCGGCGCUGUGCCAUGCACUGCCCGCCCGGGUCGCCGAAAGUCACCCAGGAAACGAAAGCCCAAGGAAGCCCGAAGCCUCAGAGUCGGUGGUCGGCCAUGUUUUCGGGGAGUUUUUUCUCUCGUUCGCCUAGCAGGAAGAACCAGCAGCAGCAGCAACAACAACAACAGCUGCAGCUUCAGGCACAGAGGGAACAGGAGGAACUGCGACGCCAGCAAGAAAUUAUUGAACUGGAAAAGCAACACCAGUACUACAUGUGCCACAACCAGAUUGUGUGUGCUGGUUCUCCCGCCCUCGUGCGCCAGCGCUCGGUGCAUUCGUGCGAGUCUCCGUCCUUGAUGCGGCACUCAGGGACACAAAGCAUCCAUCCGAGCGGCCCGGUGAGCCUCCAGGGCUAUGGCAUGGCUCGCGCCCAAGGGGGUCCUCGGCCGAGGAAUGACCUCAACCCGAGCGGGCCGCGCAGUCUGGGGAUCCCGCCCGGUUACGGGAGCCCCUCUGCUAUACCUCGGCACCUCGCCCACGAAACGUCACCCAUGGCGCGCCAGUAUUCUAAUGAGUCAGGUGCAACGGCCCGUCAGUUUUCUCACGAGUCAGUGACAAUGAGUCGUCAGUUGUCGCACGAGUCGGGCACAAUGAGCCGACAGAUAUAUCAGGAGCCAAGUGUUAUUGGCCGACAAAUGUCAUAUGAGGCUGUAGUCAUGAAUCGGCAAAUUUCCCAUGACAGUGCAGCUAUGGGACGUCAGAUGUCCCACGAGGCAGUAGCCAUGGGUCGGCAGCUGUCACAGGAGUCAGGUUCUAUGGAGCAUCGCAAUUCCCGCGACUCCACGCCUCCAGGCCGCCAGUAUUUGCACCACGAGCCUGCACCUCUGACUCGCCACCUGUCCCAUGAACCUCCGGCGCCGAGCUCCCCGGCGCUCCUUCAAAGACACCGGUCCAUCCCAGCCUCAGGCCUUCAGUCCCCUGUGUUCAGACCGCGACCUCUCUCCUCCCCCGCCACAACGCACUCGCCCAAAGCCCUUCAGGUGCUCGGCGAGGCUGCCAGUGUUGUCAAUUCGUCGCAGUUCUAUCCGGGACGACUCACGGGAGGCAACCCCUUCGUCGGCGGUUUGCCUUCGGUGCCCGUCGGUGCUAGACCUUCUUCGUCAGACCGAACUUCCUCACGUACCAGCUCCCAGGAGCGCCCCGUCCCACCUGUUCCGCCCAUCCCAGCCCACCGCCCUCGGACGCCCGUGUCCAUUAUUCGUCACGCCGUCCACCCUGGCCGCCCUCUUUCCCUGGCCAUGUCCUCUGCCCCUCCAGGCCCAGAUUUGAUCAGCCCCGCCAGCAUUACAAGCGAAGCCUCCAGUCGAGGUCGACGCCGACGUGGGCCGGGCCUCCUCGUGGGCCGCACCAGCUGGCUUGCACGGGCAGCCUCUGCCCGAAGGUCUGCAAGGCAGGCUCGUCGUGCUAAAAAAGCAGCUCAGCAGCUGCAGCGCCAGCAGGAGUUUGAAAUCGAGGAAUUGGAUGAGAGGGUUCCCAGCAGCCGGCCUCUUCGUCCGGAAGCUUUCCAGUCAGCCAAAAGCCAGCAGCCCAGCAAUCAGCAGCCAAACUCCAUGGUGUUUGUUCCGCCUCAGCGCCGUCGUUCCUCGGGUGCUGUCAAAAUUCCACAAACUCUCCUACGGCGUUUUGAUGUUCCUGAAAUCCGCACUGCCCAUGCCCAUCUGCUCAUGCCCCUCAACCAGCCUGUCGGAUCACAUAUGAUUGACGGCAGGAGUCAAAAGGCUGCACAGUUUGUACGGUCCAUGUUAGAGGAGGACGAACAAGAGGACGAAUUAGGUGUCAAGGAUACCACCAGCGAGCCAGGUAUUGCCAAGUUUAACUUGACACCCUCCAAGAAACCGAAAUCGGAACCAAGCACUGCAAGAAUAAACUUGAGAUUAGCCAAGAACCCCGAGCUCGUUUUGAAAGCCCUCAGUGCACUAGCAAAGCUUGGCAAGAACAAACAAGAAAAUGAGCAAGAACAGCGGCCUCUCGAAGCCACGAACGAACGCAUCAUCACGCAGUUCUUACUGCAAGACUUGGUCAAGAGCAAAAACAGAUCAGGUCAGGGAUCGCUGGAGGGCAGCGCGGAGUCCCUGGUCGAGUCCCUGGUGUCGAGCCGUGGCAGCAGUGGCGCCCCGAGGGCGACACGCCGCGUCCGCAGGAAGAAAUCCCAAAAGAAGCAGCCCACGGUUCCUGCUUACCCGUCUUGGAAGAGGACGCCCAGGGUGCGCUCCCCCAGAGGAAACCCAGGCGACAUCACGCAGAAAGGAUAUGAGAAGAAGAAGGCCCGUCUCCUCCAGCCCUAUGUCACCAGGGAUCCGAGUCAGGCCUCUCACCAGGCGGCACUGUACGCACAGCAGCAGAGCAGUGGUGCCAGCAGCCGCAGCCGCCGGAGUGAGCAUCGCAGCGUCACCACUCACGAGCGGCGCUACCUGUCAGAGGUGCGCCAGGAGGCCGUCAAGGAAGCGCUGGCACAGUACCAGUCACGUCCCAAGAAUCUCCCGCUGCCAUCGAAGCGGUCCUCUGUCAUGACGGCAAGAUCCCCGGACAGGCAUCACCGUGACUCAGACUCAGAGGACAGUGAUGAAGACAGUGUCACAGCAGAAGGUAGUCUGGGUAGUAGUGGGGGUCAGAGUGGGUCACAAGGCACCCCAGAGGUGACACGUACCCCUCUGCUCCUCCCCCCACCCCAGAUGCCCCCUCAUGGCAGUGGCGGAGGCACCCCAGCCAGCAGCUCUGGCAGCAGUCAUCACACACCACCACACCCACUCCCUCCCAAGCAGCAGCAGCCCCUCCCACCCAUACCUCCACACAGCAAUCGUCUUUGUAAUGGAGAUGAAGAUGAACGCAGGAGACGUGAAAUGUCAGAAAUGACUGAUUUAAUGCGUAAUAUAACCUCAUUUUCUCAACCACCGGACGUGACGAACAAUACAGGAGGAGGCAACAACCGAGCUCCCCGAGAUGAUCGCAUCGCUCGCUACUCUGGCCCUCCUCCCGGCAGACAAUCAUCCUCUGAUGCUGACGGAUGGCGAGACGCUCUCUAUAAUUUUCCAGAAAACUGGCGAGGAACGGGGCGUUGGAAAGUGUCCAGUAAAAUCCAGCAACUCCUCAAUACCUUAAAGAGACCAAAGAGACGACCCUUACCAGAAUUUUACCUUGAUGAUGAGGAAGACUUGGAAAUUGCUGCCAAUCCUAAAGACCCAAAUGCUCCCAAGCCUGAGGGUAUGGUCAUGACACCUGCCCGCGGAGAACAGUUAGUGAUACCAGCAGGUCUCCCACGAUCAGUAGAAGAUGCAGUAUACCGAUAUGGGUCUUCCUCUGGGUAUAAAGCCCCAGUUGCAACUAUCCUAGAUGCAAAUGGAAAACUGUCUGUCUCACUCACAUAUGGGAAAUUGUUGAGCAGGUCUCAGAAAAUGGCAUACAACCUCUUGACCCGCCUAGGAGGUCGAGGUGAAGGAACGGUCAUGCCUGGAGACCGUGUGGCCCUAGUGUAUCCCAACAAUGAUCCUGUGUCCUUCAUGUGUGCUUUCUAUGCAUGUCUACAAGCUGGACUUGUUCCUGUGCCCAUUGAAGUGCCGCUCUCAAGACGAGAUGCUGGCUCGCAACAGAUUGGUUUCUUGCUGGGAAGCUGUGGUGUUUCUGUAGCUCUUACAUCUGAGGCUUGCUUCAAAGGCAUUCCAAAGACCAGUGCAGGUGAGGUAGUGUCUUUCAAAGGCUGGCCCAAACUCACAUGGUUCAUUACUGACCACCUGCCCAAACCUCCCAAAGAAUGGCAGACACCUCCAAGACACUCUGAUGACUCUCCAGCAUAUAUUGAGUAUUCUACUGACAAGGAUGGAUCUGUCAAAGGUGUUGUGGUAACUAGAUCUGCAAUGCUGGCACACUGCCGCACAUUAACAUCAGCAUGCAAUUACACUGAAGGAGAAGUAGCAGUUUGUGUCCUUGACUUUAAACGAGAGGUUGGAUUGUGGCACUCCAUGUUGUGUUCUGUCUUCAAUGGGAUGCAUGUCAUCUUCAUUCCCUACUCAGUCAUGAAGGUCAACCCUGCCUCAUGGAUGCACAUGAUCACUAGAUUUAAAGCAAGCAUAGCUAUUGUCAAAUCCCGUGACCUCCAUUGGGGAUUGUUGGCCACCAAAGAUCACAAGGAUGUCAGCCUUCAGUCAUUACGUCUUCUGUUAGUUGCUGAUGGAGCCAAUCCCUGGUCACUGUCGUCAUGUGAUCAGUUCCUUGCUGUAUUCCAAAGUAAAGGAUUGAGACCAGAUGCCAUUUGUCCUUGUGCAUCGUCACCUGAGGCUCUGACUGUCUCUGUCAGGAGACCAGGCCAUGGAGGUGCCAAUGCAGUUGGCAGAGGAGUAUUAAGCAUGCAGGGUCUGAGCUACGGUGUAGUACGUGUAGAUCAGGAGAAUUCCCUUACUUCACUCACGCUGCAAGACUGUGGACAAGUGUUACCAGGAGCAAUGAUUGUGGUAAUUAAAUUGGAUGGGCAGCCCUAUGUCUGUCGUACAGACGAAGUUGGAGAAAUUUGUGUGGCAGGAGGAGCAGUGGGUGACCAGUACUGGGGACUUCAGGGUAUGACCAACAACACAUUCAAGGUCCAGCCAUUACUUCCAGACAGCACUCCUAUGUCAGAAAUGUCAUCUUAUGUCAGGACCGGACUUCUUGGAUUUUUAGGACCUGGUGGCCUUGUGUUUGUGUGUGGAUCACGAGAUGGGCUCAUGACUGUCACUGGACGUAAACACAACACAGAUGACAUCAUUGCUACUGUGCUGGCAGUUGAACCCAUGAAAUUCAUUUACCGUGGCCGUAUUGCUGUCUUCUCUCAUAAAGUUUUGAGAGAUGAGAGGAUCUGUGUUAUAGCAGAACAGAGACCAGACUGUUCAGAAGAAGAGAGCUUCCAAUGGAUGUCUCGAGUUCUUCAGGCAGUAGACAGUAUCCACCAAGUUGGCAUUUACUGUCUGGCUCUAGUUCCUCCCAACCAUCUUCCCAAAACACCACUUGGAGGAAUCCACUUGUCUGAGACACGCAAGAAGUUCCUUGAGGGGUCAUUGCACCCGGCAAAUGUGCUAAUGUGCCCGCACACCUGCGUCACCAACCUACCCAAACCACGGGAGGUUCAUCACGGUAAUUAUGUCGGACCAGCUAGUGUGAUGGUAGGCAACUUGGUGCAGGGGAACAGGCUAGCAAGCGCACAGGGACGAGACAUGGGACUCAUGGAUGAUGAAGAUGGAACAAGAAGGCAUCCUCAGUUCAUAGCCGACAUCCUCAAAUGGCGAGCUACAACUACAGAAAACCAUGAAAUUCUUACCCUUCUCAACUCAAAGGGACAAGUUGCUACCUCACUAACCUGUGCUCAGCUCCAUAAAAAGGCUGAGCGUGUGGGUGUCUUGCUGCUAGAGAAGGGACACAUUAACACUGGUGACCAUGUUGCCCUGAUUUACCCUCCAGGGGUGGAUCUUAUAGCAGCCUUCUAUGGAUGCUUGUACGUGGGUGCUGUCCCAGUGACCAUCCGCCCUCCACACCCACAGAACCUUCAGUCAACUGUCAACACUGUUAGGACUGUUGUAGAAGUGUCGAAGUCCUCACUUAUAUUGUCUACUUUAUCAGUAAUUAAAUUGCUCAAAAGCAAGGAGGAAAAGUUUGACAGUGGAAAGAAGUGGGCUCCGAUUCUUGACACGGAUGAUCUGCCAAAGAAGCGCUUGCCAUCAAUCUACAAGGCUCCAACACCAGAAAUGAUUGCCUAUCUUGACUUUAGUGUCUCAACAACGGGAAUGCUGGCUGGUAUCAAGAUGUCUCAUGGUGCUGCCACCUCUCUCUGCCUCAGUAUGAAGGUUGCUUGUGAACUCUACCCAUCCCGUGUGGUGGCACUGUGUCUGGAUCCAUACUGUGGUCUUGGCCUGGCUUUGUGGGUCCUUUCAUCUGUUUACUCUGGACAUCAGUCCAUCCUCAUCCCUCCUGGCGAGGUUGAAUUAAAUCCCUCCCUAUGGUUAUCAGCUGUCUCCCAGUACAAAGUGCGUGACACCUUCUGUUCAUAUGGAGUAAUGGAAUUGUGCACAAAGGGCCUUGGUUCCUCAAUUGCCCUUCUUAAACAGCGCAGUGUCAAUUUAGCAUGUGUAAGAACGUGCGUGGUUGUAGCAGAAGAAAGACCAAGGGUGCAGCUUACCAAUUCAUUCUCCAAGCUUUUCAGUGGAUUAGGGCUGUCACCAAGAGCGGUAUCCACAAGCUUUGGCUGCCGUGUUAAUGUGGCAAUUUGCCUCCAAGGAGCCUCAUCACCAGACCCAACAACAGUGUUUGUGGACCUUAGGUCCCUUCGUCAUGACAGAGUAACACUGGUAGAGAGGGGUGCUCCACAUUCACUGUGCAUCAUGGAGUCUGGAAAGCUUUUGCCUGGAGUUAAAGUUGUCAUUGCCAAUCCUGACACCAAAGGGCAGUGCUCAGACUCACACCUAGGUGAAAUUUGGGUUCAGUGUAACCAUAAUGCUAGUGGUUACUUUACUGUGUAUGGUGAUGACGGAACAGCAAAUGACCACUUUAAUGCACAACUUGUCACUGGCAACACAGGGGAAGUCUAUGCUCGUACAGGUUACUUAGGUUUCCUUCGUCGCACUGAAUCUGUUCAAGCAGACGGAGAGCUUCAUGAUGCAGUGUUUGUUGUCGGGGCAUUAGAUGAGACAGUUAUUUUGAGAGGAAUGCGAUACCACCCAAUUGAUAUUGAGAUGACGGUGAUGCGAUGCCACAAGAAGAUCUCAGAAUGUGCUGUAUUCAGCUGGACAAAUUUGUUAGUGGUGGUUGUAGAGCUGGAUGGGGCUGAGUAUGAAGCUUUAGACCUCGUGCCACUCAUCACCUCAUCCGUCCUUGAGGAGCACCAAAUCAUUGUUGGUGUCAUUGUUGUGGUCGACCCAGGUGUAGUGCCCAUCAACUCUCGUGGAGAGAAGCAGCGCAUGCACCUACGGGAUGGUUUCCUGGCAGACCAGCUCGACCCUAUAUAUGUUGCAUACAACAUGUAAAGCAAAAAUGCAAAUACUAAGCCAGCCUUGAAAAAAGACAACUCUAGUUUCUUUUCCACAUUUUUAACUUCUAUUUUGAGAAGCAUAAUUCUGUCAAAGAUGAACUUGGAAUUAUAAGUAGAGUAUAUGUGAAAAGUAUACUCAGUGUAAUUAUAGUUCCAGAAAAAGUGAAUGUCCAUCUUGCACAGACUUUAUAAGAUGUGAUUUUAUUGUGGAUUAUAUCAUGAGCAGAAAAAAAAUAGUCCACAAUCACCAGCAGUUUCUGUAAUAUAUUAUGAAACCUGUGAAAAAAAUUAUUGAAUUUCUACAUUUAUAUAUCUCUUAAAACAAAUAGUGAAUUGAAAAUUGAAAUGAAAGUUCCAUUUUCCGUUUACAAGUGCCAUGUGCAGCCUUUCACGAUUGCAUUUGUAGUGUGAUACAUUUCAAGUGAAUUCAGUCAUGAACUUCAGUAGAUCGUAAUUGAUAGCUUGUGAUAGUGUUUGUAAGUUUUUAGAAAGUUUAAUAGAAAUCAUAUUGCUACUUAGAAUAUAUUGGUAUUCAGAGAGAUAAAUGCUUUUGCAGCCAUUUAUUGAUCUGAUCUGAUGUUUGCCACUUGAACUAGCCAAACAGUGUAAAUAGUUAUAUCUUGGCUCAGACUCAGGCCAUUGUAAAUAAAGUACAUUACCUAUUCCCACUUUAUUUAGUCUGAGAGUGGAUUUUUCAGCAUCAUAUAAGUAAAGGUUUUCAGUCAUAAGCACAAGCUGAAAAUGAAAAGUAAAUGUUGAAAAGCCCACUCGACACACCGAGCUCUGUACAUUUGUAUAGCAGUAGAGAUAAUCAUAUUGGGCUUGGACGUUUGGUGAACGGGAACUUUGGUGUAACAAAGCUCCUUGCGUCACAGCAUGACCUCAAAUCCAGAAAGGUUAUGUUCCCAUUGCAUCCUCACUUGUGGGAAGUCGUGCAAAAAGGGUUAGGAGAAGUGUUUUGGCUAAUAUUUUGGGAUUUAAAGAGUUUUAAAAAAGGAGAAUUCCACAAAUGUCAUAAAAUGGGAACAUACUGGAAUGAGGAACGAGUUAUAGUCCUAGUGUAGACUUGCUGAAAAUACACAGCGCACCAUGAGACGAUGUUACAGUAUCAGACAGAUUUUAUAUAGAAUUUACAUUCAUGAUAAAGAUUAUUUCCUUUUUAUAGGUAUGAGAGUAUUUUACAGUCAAACAUGGCUCAAGUUGUUUUUUGUGCGUGCUGUAUGACAAUAUUUAGGGCCAGAGUUUUGGCCAUGUUUUUUGGGGUAUCAUUAUUGUUGUCAGUGUUAAUUUUUUGGUCUGUGUACAUUGAAGGAGAUUUUUGUAAACUUAUGUAUAUCUCGUUGAAUUUGGUUGACGAGUAUUUUAAUCUGCCAUGCUUCAUAGAUGGGUAUUGAUUACAAAUUUUUUGCAUGUAUGAAUCCCCUUAUAUAGUCAUGAAUUGUCGUGUUUUGAAACAUUGUGGCGUUUAUGUCCAAUUAACUGUAAAGUAGAACUAAGUAUUUAUCUCAUACUUGGAAUUUUUUAUAUAAAAUGAUCUCUAUACUUUUCCACAUAUGAUAAUGAAUGGUAUGGAAUCACCUAUGUCGCUGUAUUACCCUUAAGUCAGUCAUAUUAAAUUUGAAUUUUAAAUUUGUUGUCUGUACAGUCUAGAUGAGCACAAUUGUUUGUAGCAUCGCCAGUGUAAUGAUUUAUUGAUAAAUGAUUGUAUAGGUGCAAUGAAAAUAAAUAAUUUAAUCAAAACAAAAUAUAAAAAGUGUAUGUCUGAUUGGAUGAAAGUCCCUUGUAUUCAGUUUGUGAAGGGUCAGUUCUAUGCUGAUGAGUAAAACUUUUGUGUACUGUUGCAUACUGUCGCUUCUUGAAAUUAUUAGGGUUUUCAGAGCAGCUGCAAUUAUUUCCCUGUUUUUGUAUACUGUCUCUUAACAUACAGUACAAGCAAUAAAUGUCAUGAAAAGGAUAAGUAUAAA